GCGUGUGCUUUACCCGCCACUACGCUACAAACACAAAAGUGCGCUUGCGCUUCUUAAUCAAAAUGGACAUUGAAUUUGAGGAGAGGUUGUGUGAGGAGGUGCGUCGCUAUCCGCACCUGUACAAUCCGUCUUUAAAACAAUACAAAGACUUGCAGGCGUGCAAUAAAUCGUGGCGAGAAAUUUCUCAGACUUUGGGAAGAGAAGAGUUUCUGUGUCGGAAUAAAUGGAAGUAUUUAAGAGACAGAUUUGUGAAGGCAAAGAAGAAGCUCAGGGGCCGAAGUAGCGAUGACGGGAACGUUCCCCGCAUGUUCUCACUUCUGAGCUGGCUCACCGAUUAUGUGAAUCACCGGGACCGCGACCGGGACCAAAACAAGCACGAGUUCCGGCGUUCGACCAGAGGGAGCUCUGCUCCAUCUCUGCCUCCAGUGACUCCGCCUCCAUCUGCGCCUCCAUCAGCAGGCCUGGCCCCCGUGACGACCUCCGCCUCCUCCUCCGCCCCCCAGUCGCCCCUCAGCCCGGCCUCCUCAGCCUCCCCCGGGGACUCCCCGUUCUCCCCCACCGCCACCGGCACCACCGCCACCGCCGCCGCCGCCGCCGCCGCCACGUCCCGGAAGAGGAAGUGGGCGUCCAGUGUGAUGGAGGACGCCCUGGUCCGCCUGCUCCAGCAGAGCGAGCGCAGCGGCAGCGCCAGCGAGGGGCGGAGCCAGAGCCAGGACCAGAGGGAGGAGCAGCGCUUUGGGAUGAUGGUGGCCGACAUGCUGGCCAAGCUGCCCCCUCCGCAGCGCAUGGAGGCGCAGUUCGAGAUCUACCAGCUGCUUUACCUCAAGCAGAAGGAAGUGUUUGAAAAGGACCAGAGCCUGUAAUCUGACAAUCAGGUGUUAGAGUUAGAGUCAAGAGUUUUGUAUAUAUAUUUUUUUGUAAAUAACAAAUUUGGUGUUUUUUUAUAUUUUGUUUUGAAUAAACACAAAUAUAAUUGA